AUGGCACCAUCGAACACUGACGUCGACAUGCGUCCCGCAACGCCACCGGGAUCUGCAGAAACUUUGAUCGAAUCGAGCAUGAUUAAGGAUAGGGACAUGGAGGCAACUACUAUCGGAGGUGACAAACAUGUAAAUGCUCUGCCUGUCAAAGCAAAAGAGGCCUUGGUGUUAGCGGAUGAAUCCAAUGCUGCUAAAGUUAUGGUGGAUGGCAAGAAUGAUGAAACCACAGCUAUUGUAAAUAUUAAAGAUCCAUUAGAGGUAGCUUCUGCUCUGAAGCUGCUAGGAAGGGCCACACCAGCAGGCCACAGUGGCCUCAACUGCCACCGCUACCACUGCCACCAAAAUCCUUCAGAAUGGUGA